GACAUGAAGGGCAAACGGUAUUCUCCAGCAACUGUUUUCCCCAUCUUCUUCUUGUUUGCAGGACACAGGGAAUAUAUACACAUAACAUCAUCGAUCUAUCUGUCCAUCAUCUUCAAUCCAUAAGCAGGAACCCAAAAAGAAGAAUUCUCCAGCUCCGUUCCAGCAAAUUCCCGCGUGGCGAAAGGGAAAACAAAAAAGAAAAUCCAUCUCUGUUUCUUCACUGCUCUGUUUUUUGUUCCUCCCCGGGGGAUUCCUCUGCUUUUUACCUUCUCUCUCACCACCAGCCGUCCACCGCACCACCACCGUCACUUCAAAUAUUCCCUCCGCCUCUCUCUCUUUAUCUCCAUUUCUUUCUCUUCCUAGCUUUCUCAAGCCAAGAAUCUAAUUUCCCCUUUUUCUCGGCUUUAGUUUUACUUCCCUUUCUCUGCCUCAGAUUCUUCUCCUUCCCGUCUUUCUUUCUCUCUCUUUGAUCAGCCAUCCAUCAUCUUUUUAAUUGCUAUCCCAUGCUGGUUGCGUUGUUCCUCCUUCCCCUUCUCCCACUCUUUUCUUCUCUCUCCCUGUCGUUUUCGUUUCCUCUGCCGCCGCAAAAAAGCUCUGUAAUUUCACCCCCUGUUUUCGUGCUCUGCCAUGGCUCCGCCGCCGCCGCCUUCUACUUACUCGUCUUCAGGUGUAACUCAUAUCUCUAAUCCUUGCAUUUAUGCAGGGGACUUUGUGGAGAAAAAAUCCCGCUUCACGAAAUGGCUCGGCAAACUGUUCAAAACAAACACCCAUCGUGGUGUUGGCGGCAGCGGCGGAGGUCAGCCGCAGCUUGUAGGAGACGAGAACAUGGUCUGGCGGGAACCAUCAACUAGAUCACUGGGCGGCCGUGGAGGCGGUGUCGGUGUCGGCCGGCCAAGAGCUAACAGGGAAAAAGAAGAGCUUGACCGUGCAAUUGCACUUUCCAUGGGUGAAGGGUUGAGGAGACCACCGAAUGGUAAUACUACAACCACCAUCUUUUUGCAUUUCAUUCAAGAGAUUGUGUCUCAACUUUUACUGUACAAAAAGCAGGAGGGUAUGGAUGGCGGCCGACAGCAAACAACAACAACGAUGAAGCAUUAGCAAGAGCUUUACAAGAUAGCCUCAACUUGUCUUCGUAUCCUCCUUAUGUAGUCCCUCCUGCACAUUAUUACCCCAGGGGAUAUAGGUUAUGUGGCGGCUGCCAUCGCGAAAUCGGGUAUGGGAACUAUCUGGGUUGCAUGGGGAUGUUCUUCCAUCCGGAAUGCUUCAGGUGCCGCUCUUGUGGCUACCCAAUUACUGAGACAGAGUUCUCUUUGUCAGGGAAAGACCCAUAUCACAAGUCAUGUUUCAAGGAACUGACUCAUCCCAAAUGUGAAGUCUGCCUGCAAUUUGUAAGCAAGUCCCUACCUUUUGUGUCUGCAAUAUAAUUUCCUGGAAGAAUGUCGUUCAUUGCCUAGCUUAUCAUAGAUCAUACACCAUCUCCAUCCCUUCAAUUGCAAUUUCAGAAUGUCAUAUUACAACUGAAAGCCAAAAUGCUCUAACCCUCUGCUGUUUGAUUGUUGUAUCAGAUUCCAACCAACUCGGCGGGCUUGAUAGAGUACAGAUGCCACCCAUUUUGGUCACAAAAGUACUGCCCUUCUCACGAGCAUGAUAGUACAGCUCGGUGCUGCAGUUGUGAGCGACUGGAGGUGCUCACUGGACUCUUAAGCUGUUGCAGUUGCAAAUUUUCUGCUAAAAAAUUGUUAUUAUUGUUGAUCCUUUUGGUUUCUCUGUUUUUCCCUUCUGUAGUCUUGGAAUGCAAGAUACUACUCCCUGGAAGAUGGAAGGAGCCUGUGCUUGGAAUGCAUGGAGUCAGCCAUCAUGGACACGGGCGAUUGCCAACCACUUUACCAUGCGAUCAGAGAUUACUACGAAGGAAUGAACAUGAGAUUGGAUCAGCAGAUUCCCAUGCUGCUUGUUGAAAGACAAGCACUCAAUGAAGCAAUCAUUGGAGAGAAGAAUGGGUACCAUCACAUGCCCGAGACAAGGGGGCUAUGUCUUUCUGAAGAACAGACUGUCACCAGUGUACGAUUCUUCCUUCACAACUUGCUAAUCUGAAGUUGGUUUGUGGUAUUUUCUGAAACUGUUUGAUCGUUGCCCGACAGGUACAAAGGAGACCGAGGAUCGGAGGGCACCGGUUUGGGGGGAUGAGAACACAGCCUCAAAAGUUGAUCAGGAGAUGUGAAGUCACAGCAAUUCUUGUCCUCUAUGGCCUCCCAAGGCUACUAACAGGAGCCAUUCUGGCCCAUGAACUCAUGCAUGGAUGGUUACGUCUGAAAGGGUACAGGAACCUAAACCCUGAGGUAGAGGAAGGAAUCUGUCAGGUUCUCUCCUAUAUGUGGCUUGAAUCCGAAGUAUUGCCAGGAUCCAAAAGCAGCAAUAUGGCAUCAACAUCAUCAUUAACAGCUUCUUCUUCCUCCUCCUCCUCCUAUUCCAAUUCAAAGAAAGGCGGGAGAUCCGAGGUGGAACACAAACUGGGGGAGUUCUUCAUGCAUCAAAUCGCUCACGACGCUUCUCCAGCAUACGGUGGAGGAUUCAGGGCUGCUAAUGCUGCUGUCAACAAGUAUGGUCUCCGUAGGACGUUGGAUCACAUUCGUCUUACUGGAAACUUCCCGUUGUAAGAGAACUCAUCAGCUAGUACUUGUCAACCCUUCCACAGUCUAGCACUUCCACACAUAAAACAAAAAGGAUUUGAGCUUGUCACAGAGUUUGCAAAAGCUCCCCCUUUCCAUUUUUACGGGGGGUAUACAAGGUCCAGACUGUACUAUUACUAUCUCUACUUAACAACAUCCAUUUACUACCCUUUCGGGUUGUUCUUGCUCAGUUGAACAUAUGUUCAGAACCCAUACCAGAAAUUGGGUUGGCAAUCUUGUUUGGAACCGUCAAUGGCAGUAGUAAAACAGUGAACUGGCUAAUGCUAGUGGGUAUGUAUAUACAGGUCUCAACUCUGUCUCCUCCAAACCCACUUCUCAAUUCCCAAAUUCACAAACCCUAGAAAGUGCAAACCAGAGAUAAACUGGGCCAUGUCCAAUAGGCGGAGUGAUGGAAUUCCUGCCGAAGGAGUACGGCUACGUGGCUAUGGCACUGGUGGGUUAAAAUGGCAGCAGCAGCUGCCGGUGGAGUACGGAAUUCAUG